AUGUUCUAUUCUAUUUUGUUAACUUUAAUUUAUUCACAAAGCAUUUUAAAUGAAUUAAGAUACGUUGUAUUAGAUUCAAGUAAAUAUCCUAUUAAAUCAACUAAACAACUAUCCAAACAUUACAAAGAAGUUAAGAAUUUAUUUCCUGGUUUUAACGCCACUUUCUCGUUAACAAAAGCCUCUAAAUUAGAUCAUUUUAUGAUUCUUCAUAAAAAUCAACUAGUAGCAUUUUUAGUUGUUGAUAAGUUAAAAGGACUAAUCAAUAAAAAAACAACUGUUGAUGUAUUUGGAUACUUUCUAGUAUGCGUUACUCCUAAAUAUCAAAAUAUGGGACUUUCAAAAAAACUAAUGAAAUUUUCUGUUGAUUAUUAUAAAAAGAACCAUAAAGAUGGUUAUUUAGCCUUACACAUAUCACCAAAAGAUGAGUCAAUGGCAUUAGCAGCUAAAGUUUAUUAUCAAAUGGGAUUUACAAAAUUUACGUGGUGUAAAUAUUCAUUUAGAGAUUAUUUAAAUAAUCUAGACUUUUAUUUUGAUAAUUUUAUAGAUUUUUAUCAAACUUUUGAGAAAAAAGACAGUAAAAUUAAAGGUGGUUAUUUGUGUUCGUUUAUAAAAAUCACAGACUUUUUAAGUAAAAAAAUAAAAGCACCUAAAAAUUCAUUAAAAGAAGGUGAAAGAAUUAAAAAGUUAAUGACUGAAAGACUGAUUAAUUAA